UGGGGUGUGAUUCUGCGGAGACUCCCUUUUUGUCUCACUGUGAUUUUCAGGGUAAAAUCGCCGAGAAAAUCUCAUCCGUAAAUGUCUCAGUCGGGAAAGUUGACUCCUAAUCUCGAUCCGGAGACCACCAAACAGAUCAAUCUCAGUGUGCUGCAGAGAUUCGAUCGACAUAUCGAAGAGAUUCUCUUCACCGCAGCUCACGUCGCGCUGUAUGAGUUCGACACCGAGAGCUGCCAGUGGGGUCGCAAAAAAGUUGAAGGGCCUCUGUUUGUCGUUAAGAGGAAUACGCAGCCGAUAUUUCAGUUUAUCGUCAUGAAUCGACUCCGUACAGAUAAUUGGGUGGAAAAUCUUAUUGAAGAUUUUGAGUUCGAAAUUCAGCGUCCAUAUUUGCUAUCUCGAAACGCGUCUCAGGAAGUUAAUGGAAUUUGGUUUUUCAAUUCAAAUGAGUGUGAAGAGGUUGGAAAUCUCCUAAGUAGGAUACUCAGUAUCUGUUCGAAGUCUCCUCCGGCUGUAAACCCCGGAGUAGUGCCAGUUGAAAACAAGUACGAAGAAACUGCAGCAAUCCCCACAAUUUUACAGACACGAGGCGGUGGAGAGCAUCAUGCAUCAGCAAUCUCUACUACGUCGCAGAUUCCUCAGAAUCAGAAUCUUAUGGAUCUCUUUAAUGCAGCAAUAAAUAAGGGAAGAAACAAUCCAACUAUCCCGAGCCAUAGAUACUUUCCCAAUAACCCUUCAGACACAACAUUUCCCGUCUCUUCUGAAAUCCCGAGUCUCACCUAUUCCUCUGCAGGGGUUUGUCAGUCAUCCUCUGCUCAGACACUGAACCACGAGUUCUCAAACCUCCUCCGUCUUAACUACGAAAUCCUUACUACUGCUGCAACGGAGCUCAUCAAACCGUCUUCAUUCUAUACACCGCCUCAAUCCUUGGAGUCCAUAACAGUAUCUGCUCCUCAGCCUCCUCCCCCGAAUUCGCAACAACACCCUAAUAGCAUUCGAAUACUCGACCUUUUCCCACCCGCUACUCUUCCUCAGUCUUUAAUUCCUCCCCUUGCUUCUCCAUCUGUUUUCGGUUUUGACAGAGACAAAGUCCGUGACGCCCUUCUAACGGUUGCCCAGGAUGAUAGAUUCGUAGAGAUGUUCUACCAAGCAUUGAACAAACCAAACUGAAAACCUCGAAGAACGUGUGUACAAAGGUAUUGUAUAUGUUUUAGAAACUUCACUUUGCAUGAUAUUUUUUUCACUGUAGAAAAUGAACUUCUCAGACUUCUUCAUCAGUGUUCUGUAUCUUUUAAGCCUUUGUUAGAGAGAAUCAUUGAUUUUUCUUUUUUUCUUUUUCCCGUCGUUUACUUUUCGAUAAUGUGAAAUAUUUACAUUUUACACUA